UUAAUCAAUAUUUCAUAAUUCAUACAAACCUCUGAACCUUUUCUAAAAUCUCAUGGCUCCUCCAAUUCAUAACCAUUUCCUUCUAUUUUUCGCUAUUCUCCUUUGCUCUAGUGUUCCAGUGCUAUCCCAAGUUCCCCGAAACGCAACUUUCCGGUAUAUAAACGAAGGCGAAUUCAGCGACUAUAUAGUCGAAUAUGACGCAAAUCAUCGUAUUGUAAGAACAGAUGAAUAUACAUUUUACAACUACCCAUUCCGUCUAUGUAUGUAUAACACUACUCCUAACGCAUAUGUUCUUGGCAUUCGAGCUGGCAUCCCUAGAGAUGAAGACUUGAUGCGUUGGGUAUGGGAUGCUAACCGGAAUGAUCCCGUUCGCGAAAAUGCUACUCUAACUUUCGGCCGCAACGGUAAUUUAGUCCUAGCUGAUGUUGAUGGUCGUAUAGUUUGGCAAACCAACACGACCAACAAAGGUGUUACUAGUAUUUCUAUGCAACCAAAUGGGAAUCUAGUACUUACAGAUAAGAAUGGGAAGUUUGUCUGGCAGAGUUUCGAUUAUCCGGCUGAUACCCUUUUAGUAGGCCAAACUCUUAAGCUUAACAGUGGAAGAAAACAGCUCGUUAGUCGUACAUCGGAUGUGAAUGGUCGAGAUGGUCCUUAUAGUAUUGUGAUUGACAAGAAAGGCUUCACAAUGUAUCUAAAAACUGCAGGCGAAUCUCUACAAUAUGGAGGCUGGGGAGGUGAAGGCCUUUUGAAUGUAUCAUUUGAUGCAGUUCCUGAAGAUCAGAGUAUUACUUCUUAUGAGUUAACACUGGCUUUUGGUGAACAACAACAGCUAAGCACCCCUAUUAGGCAUUUACUUCAAUCAAGACCAGUAGGUAAUUCAAGAGGGAUUAUACUUAAGAAACUCAACUACAAUGCAACUUAUUCCUUCUUCAGGUUAGAAUCAGAUGGAAACAUCAAAGUAUUCACUUACUAUACAAACACAUCUUACUUAAAAUGGGAUCAAACUUAUGCAUUCUUUGGAGAUGAUGUAAGGGAGUGCGGGUUGCCAUCAAAAUGCGGUUCAUUUGGGUUCUGCGAUAAUAGGAUGUGUAUUGCUUGUCCAAGUCCCAAGGGUUUAUUAGGUUGGAGUGAGAGCUGCAAAGCGCCUGCAACGCCUUCAUGUAAGACUGGUGGUGCCGCCCCGAAAUAUUACAAGAUUGUCGGCGUCCAACAUUUUUCGAGUCCUUAUGACGAAGGACAAGGACCAAUGAAGGUGAAUGAUUGCAGGGACAGGUGUAGUAAAGAUUGCAAAUGUGCCGGUUUCUUCUAUAGGGAAGAAUCUUCCAAAUGUUUCUCUGUGCCUAUGCUUGGUACCCUUAUCAAGGACGUCAACACUUCUCAUGUUGGCUACAUCAAAUACCAGUAAAAGAAUUAGAACGUUAUAUAAUCUUACUGUAUUGUAUCGUAAUCAAAUUCUAUGAGACAUAAUAUAUAAUCUGAUAAUCGUGUGAUCAAUAAUGAUAAAUAAACAAACAAAUUCAGAUUUAAAUGCUA